AGCCACAGACGCACCGGGAGCGGAGAGGCAAGGAGGUGAGAGCCCUCCGGAGGGCAGGGGAGAGGAGUUAUCCCAGGUCCCUGAGGAUCCCGGAGGGACUGGAGGGCUGGGAAUGUGAGCCUCUCCGGGAGAGGAGACAUGGUGAGAGGUGGGAGCCCCGAGAGGGGAGAGGAGAGAACAAGAUGGGACAGGUUAGAGGGGAGAGUACCUUAGAGAGAAGACCCAGAGAUGAGAGGUGUCAGAGAUUCUGGUGAGGAAGGGAGAGAAAGGCGGUCUAAUCUGGAGGUUCAUUCUCUGCAGUUGGGGAAGGCAGAGCUCUGGGAAAGGGAGGUUCUUGAGAACAGGAAUUAAGUACACUCUUGUAAGAGUGGAAGGAGGCCACAAAUAAACAUCUCUAGAGGAGAGUGAGAUGAGGGAGGGAAAGGCGGAACAGCCCUCCCCAGGCAGACGGGAUGUGUGGGGAGCAGAUGCUGCCCCGAAUCCCCAGCAAUGUCCUUCUCUUACAGUUCUCUGCCCUUUCUGCAAGGAGGCACUGGGUGUUGUCUCACCUGGUUUUGUGUCCUAUUUCUGUGGCUCAUGGGUGGGUUGGAAAAAUGCAGUGGGCCCUACCUGACACCCACCCUUCAUACCUCCUCAGAGUCCUUCGCCAGGAUGGAGGCUGUCGUGAACUUGUACCAGGAGGUGCUGAAGCAUUCCGAUCCCCGGAUACAGGGCUACCCUCUGAUGGGGUCCCCACUACUAAUGACCUCCAUCCUCCUGACGUAUGUGUACUUCGUUCUUUCGCUUGGACCCCGCAUCAUGGCCAAUCGGAAGCCCUUCCAGCUCCGAGGUUUCAUGAUUGUCUACAACUUCUCACUGGUGGCACUCUCCCUCUACAUUGUCUACGAGUUUUUAAUGUCUGGCUGGCUGAGCACCUACACAUGGCGCUGUGAUCCUGUAGACUUUUCCAACAAACCCGAGGCACUUAGGAUGGUUCGAGUAGCCUGGCUCUUCCUGUUCUCCAAGUUCAUUGAGCUGAUGGACACAGUGAUCUUUAUUCUUCGGAAGAAAGAUGGGCAGGUGACCUUCCUUCAUGUCUUCCAUCACUCAGUACUUCCGUGGAGCUGGUGGUGGGGGGUCAAGUUUGCCCCUGGAGGAAUGGGCUCUUUCCAUGCCAUGAUCAACUCCUCUGUGCACGUCGUCAUGUACUUGUAUUAUGGACUGUCUGCCCUUGGCCCCGUGGCUCAGCCCUACCUGUGGUGGAAAAAGCAUAUGACGGCCAUCCAGCUGAUCCAGUUUGUCCUGGUCUCGCUGCACAUCUCCCAGUACUACUUCAUGCCCAGCUGUGGCUACCAGUACCCAGUCAUCAUCCACCUCAUCUGGAUGUAUGGAACCAUCUUCUUCAUGCUGUUCUCCAAUUUUUGGUAUCACUCCUACACCAAGGGCAAGCGGCUGCCCCGGGCACUUCAGCAGCAAAAUGGAGCUCCAGGCACUGCCAAGGUCAAGGCCAACUGAGAAACAGGGCCUAGGUAGGCGCCCACCUAAGUGCCUCAGGACUGCACCUUAGGCAGCAUCCAUCCGUGCCCACCCCGCCUACACCUGUGGCCACGGCUUAUAUGGUCAAGACUGAGCAGGGGACAGGCCCUCCCCUCCCCACAGCUGGUUCACAGGGACCACCGCCUCAUCCACUUCUCCAGGCCAGCCCCAGGGACAUGGCUUCAUUGCCCUCUGAAACUCCAGAGCAGGGGGCUAAAAGGGCUGGACAUUACUUCCCCCUCCCUGCCUUAAACUGGGGGAGAAGCACUCAGGGCUGGCCCCACCAGGGUCUUGUGGCCUUUUCCUCACACUGAAGAGGUCAGCAAUAAUCUGCCACUGUGGACCCACGCUCCGUCCUCCUCCACCCCCACUGAAGCACAGAGCUUCUCGGCCAAAGGUCAGGGUGGGAGAGGGGCAUGGAAAUGCAGCCUGUGGAGGCUGCUCACUCACUGUCUUCAUUAAAGUGACAGAGGAAACCACCAA